AUGUUGCCUCCGGUGCCAAAUCCUGCCGAGUUUGGAAUCACUUCUGACUAUGGUUUCCUCUCCCCAGAACUUCCCCUGGAGGUUCUCCCCGAUCCUUACUACGCCGAAUGGGAGAUGAUCAUUGGGAAUCUCCAGCCAUUGCUAUUGAGCAGGCGUUUGCAGUCUAUCGUAGACGAUCUCCCUAUACUCUCUGUCACACACCUACAGACAGAGGCUGAGUGGCGUCGUGCAUAUGUCAUACUGGUGUUCAUAUUGCAUGGCUAUGUCUGGGGUGGCAAUUCGCCCACAGAGGUACCGGCCCAUCCUAUUGGCUCAAAAAGUAGAUGUACUGAUUCUUCCCUAAAGAGGGUUCCACCUCAACUUACAGUGCCCUUAUUUGAGGUCUGUGAACGACUCGAAUUACCCCCCGUUGCAACCUAUGCUGGAGUCUGCCUUUGGAAUUACAAGCCGAUCUUCUCCGAUGAGCCAGCCACCAACCUGGAUAACCUAGCUUGCCUACAAACAUUCACUGGAUCUCUAGACGAGCAAUGGUUCUAUCUGGUUUCAGUCGCCAUAGAGGCACGUGGGGCCCCUUCUAUCCCUGUGAUGCUUCGGGCCAUCAAGGCAGCCCGCACAGGAAACAGCCAGAUUGUAACCGAGUGCCUGCAGCGACUAGCCGAAACCAUCGAUGAGACCAACACACUGCUGCAGAGGAUGCAUGAAAAUUGCGAUCCAUAUGUCUUCUACAACCGCAUACGCCCUUACCUAGCUGGAAGUAAAAACAUGUCUGAUGCCGGAUUGCCAAAUGGGCUGCUGUACGACGACGGCCACAAUCCCGAGUACCGGCAGUAUGGAGGGGGCAGCAACGCCCAAAGCUCACUCAUCCAAUUCUUCGACAUCGUCCUCGGAGUGGAACACCGACCAACCGGUACAAGUCGCAACGACAGCGAGCAAGGCAGUGAAGACAGCAUCAAAUCACGAAACAGCUUCAUCCACGACAUGCGCUCCUACAUGCCUGGCCCACACCGGCGAUUCCUUGAGCAUAUUGACUCGGUAGCGAACAUCCGCCCCUUCGUCGAGGCGCGACGCGGAGACUCAGCGCUGUGCAUUGCCUACGACGCAUGUCUAGCCAUGCUGCGCGUUCUACGCGACAAGCAUAUUAACAUAGUGUCCCGCUAUAUCAUCCUGCAGUCCCGAAGUGCACGUCAGCCUUCCCAAGCCAACCCAGGCCCCCCAGCAGCGAGGAACCUUGCGACCGCGGCUCCGACCGACAAGAAGAAGCUGCGUGGUACUGGUGGCACGGCACUCAUUCCGUUCCUGAAGCAAGCUCGAGAUGAAACAGGGGAGCCUGCCAUUGAUGCCUGGGCACGACGGUUGCUGAGCAAUGGUCCCGCCGAAAAGAACUUUGCUUCACUGAGCAAGGUCGGGGAGCAACCAGAUGGUCAUCUCGAGGUCGUCGGUCUCUGUGGCACAUGGACAGCUGAGGAAAACGAGGGUGGCAUUUGUCACUGGUAG